GAAGUGGAACUAUUGCGCUUUGUUGUUGUUGUUGCUGGAAACGUCUCUUAUUAUUAUUAUUAUUGUAUCUCUGCCGUCGCUUGGAAGUCUCGAACUGCUUUCCUUCUCGCUGCCCUUCUCCUCCGCUUGAGUCCUCUCUCCCCGCCACACACACACACACACACACACACACACACACAACAGCGUCGUCUUACCUCGUGAAGCGCUGUGAGUGAUUGCGUGUUCGACCGUUAUCAUUGCUAUUCUCCAUCUUCUUUCGUCCUGUGAAAAAGACAAAAUAAGUAUAUAUAUAUAUUGUAUUUGUCAAGCGGUGAAGCGAAAUGCGCGGUGCUUUUCGCGGAGUGGUCACCGUCGCGGUGGUGACCCUCACCUGCCUGUCCUUCGCCCGUGCCGAUGGUCCCAUAACGCCUGCGCAGUGUUCCCUCAUCAACCCGAACCCCGAAGUGACGGAAUGCAGCUUCUACCUGAAGCCCCUCCGCGACGUCUACAAUGACCUUCCCUAUGACACCGUCCCGGCGUACCAGGACUGCGUGAAGGCCCGCUGCGUGUGCACCGGCGCCGCCGUCAACACCGCCAUCACCACGAGCGGCAUGUUCUGCAAUUCGACUGGGUGGAAGGAGAGUGGCUACACCACGUGCAAUCGCUUUAACCACUGCUUCGUGAACUACUGGAAGUGUCUCAACACUGCCGCCGCGUUGCGCUACGACAACAACGUAGCGGAGAUGACAGAUGGGGAGAUAGUCCUGGCGCAGGACAUCGUGGAUCACGGCCGCACACCCGGCGAGAACUUCGAGACGACCGACAUCUUCCGUUCCUGUCGGCUAAAGAUGUGCGACGCGGCAAAGUCGCGCGAGAACUGCGGCCUCAUCACGUGUCUGCCCAACUACACGCAGUGCAAUGAGUACAUGCUGCCGCCGCCGCUGCCCUACACCCACCAGCUGUGCACGCAGGGAUGCCGCGCCGUGCUGCUCAUGAUGGCGCUCACGCUUGCGAUCUUGUCCUUCUCCUUCUGCUGUAUGGCCUGCUGCCCCGCGCAGGUCAUCGUGAGCCCGCCCAUCAUUAAAGAGGACGCGCAGACGGACAAGAAGGCCGUGGGGAGCGAUGCGAGCGCGACGCAGGGCUCGCGGCACGGGUACAACACGCGGCCCGACAAGAACUCCCCGACCCCCACUAACCCCAACUCACAAAAUACAAGCAGCAACUCGCACCUCAACGAGAACCGGCAGGGAAGCAGCCGCGCCGCCGCCAACGGUGCCGCCGCGACGGCGCCGCACGCGGAGAUCCGGCAGCAGGCGAACAAUACCAAUGAUCCUUUCUAA